AUGUGUGGAAGGUACGCUAUGGCUGUGGAUCCCAAUGAUCUUCCUCAGUAUUUUGGCGAGCAAAAUCUGGCGGUUGACGAGAUGCAUGACUCCGAAAUGGCGCAACCCAGGUUCAACAUUGGACCAGCACAGUAUGCUCCAGUGUAUUACUCGCAUAGCAAUUGCCAGAGACGGAACGAUUCUCCAGACAAUAAAUUUGUUGAAGAUGAGGCUGAUGGCGAUGCUUCUACGCGGGUGAUUCGUUAUAUGAAAUGGGGCAUGAUUCCGUUCUGGACCAAGCGAAUCAGUGAUUAUUCGCCGUUCAAAACAUUCAACGCAAAGGCGGAGUCGAUAAAGGACGGUCAUCGUGUUUGGAAGAUGGUACGGUCACGAACACGCUGUGUGGUACCUAUGCUGGGGUAUUACGAGUGGUUGAACAAGAAGAGCGAGACAUCCAAGGCGAUCACCAAGAUUCCCUAUUUCAUAAAGCGCAAAGACUCAAAACUCAUGUUCCUGGCUGGAUUAUGGGACAAGUCCAUUUUCUCAGACGAGGAAACCACCCACGUCAUAUAUAGUUUUUCCAUUGUAACGGGACCGGCUCCCCAACAAUUGGAGUGGCUUCAUCAUCGAAUGCCAAGGGUUUUGGAACCGGGGACCAAGGAGUUUGAUCUGUGGCUAGACCCAAAGCAUGACUGGGACGAUAAGUUGAUGUCGUGUUUACAGCCAUACGAUAAGGACGAUUUGGAGUGGUUUGAAGUCUCCAGAGACGUAGGCAAUGUGAGGAACGAAGGAGAGCACCUCAUCCAAAGAGCGCCCAAGAGACCAACCGAUCGGCCCAUAAAGAAGGGUUCAAUUAUGAAUUGGGUGAAGGUGAAAACAAAAGAGCACCAUAUAUCCGAAGAACCUAGUGAAGAAGAGGCCUGUGAUAGCUCAAUCCUAUCAGCUGGUCCAGAGUCUCCAAGUCAUAGGUUUCUCCACACACCGCGAGAAUCGGCAACUCCAUUGACUCCAUCCCCACAAAAACGAACCAUCUCGGAGCUGCUAUCGGGAUCUCACGAUAAGGUCAAGGUGAAAGACGAAAAAAAGCCAAAGACCGAAGUUUGA